UUCCCAAUUCUCAACCCUAAUACCCAAUUUCCCAAUUCUUUUGCCGGAGCAUCACCGGCGCCGCCGUAUCCACUGCCGGAAUCACCACCACACCCUCCACCCACCCCUUCAUACCCAUUUCCUAAAAAAUGUCAAUUAGAGCAUUUUCAAGACUAAAAAUCCCUUCUUUAUUCCUCGUUAAACACCUUACAGUUUCUCCUUUACCAUCAACUUCUCCUACAAUAGCAUCAUGGAUUCCCGAGUUAUCGAGAAGUUCAUUGAGUUUUGUGAAGUGGUACCAUGAUGGUAGACCAAGAGGAUCACUUUGGAGAGGGAAAAAAUUGAUUGGGAAAGAAGCACUUUAUGUGAUUCUUGGGUUAAGGAGAUUUAAAAGUGAUGAAGAGAAACUUGAUAAGUUUGUUAAAGUACAUGUACUUAGGCUUCUUAAAAUGGAUAUGAUUGCUGUUCUUAAUGAACUUGAACGUCAACAAGAGGUUUCUCUUGCUGUUAAGGUGUUUUGGGUAAUUCAGAAACAAGCCUGGUACCAACCCGAUGUCUAUCUUUACAAAGACCUUAUCAUUGCAUUGGCCAGACAGAGAAAAAUGGACGAUGCGAUGAAGUUAUGGGAGAGUAUGAGAAAGGAAGAUUUAUUUCCUGAUUCUCAGACAUUCACUGAAGUUAUUAGGGGCUUCCUGAGAGACGGAUCUCCUGCAGAUGCUAUGAACAUAUUUGAGGACAUGAAAAAGUCUCCAUACCCACCUGAGGAGCUGCCUUUCAGGAUUCUAUUAAAGGGACUUUUGCCACAUCCCCUAUUAAGAAACAGGGUUAAGCAAGACUUUGAGGAGAUAUUUCCGGAUCGGCAUAUAUAUGAUCCUCCAGAAGAGAUUUUUGGAUUACGUUGAGGCUUUAAUAAAACAGAGCCGCACGGUUGUCUUUGUUGCUGAUCAAAUAUUAUAUUAGUGGAGACAAGCAUAUAUCCAGUCGUGGGAAGCUUCUUCCACCUUGAUAUCAUAUAGUAUACAAAUGCUAUUACUGGCUCCGCGAGGAGGGUUACAUCCUCCUCUUGAUGAUGUGCUAAGAAUGAGUAUCGGUAUUUCUUGCUAUCCAUGGUCCCCGGUUACUACAAAAUUCAUCAAUGAUUCGUUGUUCUUAGCUAUUUCUUUGGUACUGACAACUUCUCAUCAUUCUCCAGAGUUCCAUAUUUUUGAUCUUGGGAAAGUUGUUCAGAUUUAAGACUAUUGUUGUUUAGGUAGCUCAAUAGUAUGUCUUGGUGCCUUUUCUGAGAUUUUGGUUGUUAUUAUAGUUUGUAAAGGUGCUUUUGACAUUUUGAAGAGAAUAAUGUAGAAUGAUGUUCCAUUUAUUUGCAAUGCUGAGCACUAGACUUUGGCUUA